AUGUCCCAACUCUUUGACGCGGGGACCAAGUGACGCGAAUUAAACUCCAGCCACCCUUGAUCAAUUUUACUGGUAAUUAGGGCGCUGCACCUUAGCUGGGCUUACUUAGCUUGCCUAUCUACCUAGGUACAGAUAUCUUUGCAGACGAAACGCAUCCAACACUCGUCUUCCCUCUCUUCUUCUACAUACACCAACAAUCUUUUGUCGCGUUUUCAUCUACAACAAUCUGAUCGGAUAAAUUAGCAUCGCGCUUUACUGUGCGAUUUUUCGAGAAAUUUUCUCUCGUUCUUCCCUCCUUCAAUUUCUCGCCAUCUUCUCUCUAUCGCAUCAUGGCGCGUACCAAGGAAGAUGUCGCGUCCAAGGACGACGCCUCGCCUCGCAUUCCCAAAUCCUCCGCUGGAGUGACCAAGAACACCGCUGAAGCUCCCGUCAAGCGUGGUCGUGGACGACCUCCCAAGGGUGCUGCGCCCAUGCCCAAGAAGGUCUAUGUUCCAACAGGACGCCCCCGUGGCCGACCCCCAGGUUCUGGCAAGAAGAAGACUGGACCCAAGAAGGUCGCUGCAGUAAAUGACGACGGUACGCCAAAGCAGGGACGUGGUCGACCUCGUCGAGCUGCUAGCGGAACAGAGUCUGCUGCUACAACACCUAUGGAUGGCAAGAAGCGUGGCAGAAAGCCAAAGGCUGCUGAUGUAUCAGAUGACGAAGAGACCAAGCACGAUGAGCCUGCCGACGAGGAUGCUGCCGCCGACGAGUCGCCCGCUAAGGACGAGGCACAUGAUGAGGAUGGCGAAGAUUCCGACUAAGGUUUCAGUCAUGGCCAGCUUAGAAAUUACAACAUGAAUAAUCAGCAUCGAGCUGAAUUUUCCUAGUUUACAAUAGGGUCUGGGUCUGGUUGAUUUGCUUUCAGGUGCUUAGGAAUACGAGGGGUGAGGGUCAGGGAGAAUUCACGGAAUCGUUAUAAUGGAAUAUGCUCUUCAGGAGUUGUAUGAAUAUCAUUGCUAAUUUACAGACGGGUAAAGCAGGCCCUUUUUAUCCCAUCCC